UCUGUUUCUUGGGACCCAAUUGAUUUGAAUUGUGAAAGAGAAGAGACAAAAAGGGAGGGCAGCCAUAUCUUCAUCUUCCUUUCUUACUUCUCCUCACCCAUACAUAUGCAUGUUCUACAGUAGAACAUCUUAAAUCUCUUUGAGAACCUGCAUUUAAUGUUUGCACUACAAAUAUUGCCACUAUCACUACUAUAACUCCAACACUCUCCCAAACCACCCCUUGCAAUCUUAAAAUCGUUUGCCUCCUGUCUCUUAAUAUGUCGAUCUCGUAUCUUCUUGUUUUCCUUUUAUGCCUUUCUUUGCACACAUGCAAUGCUCGGCCUCUUGGUGACCCUCUUGAAAAGAAAUUUCACACUUCUAAUAAGCAUGAUGAGAAGAAGGGUCUAGACACUGUACCAGUUGCACCGAAGGCAAAUUCAUCGUUGUCCGAUGAGCUUGUGACAAUGAAAGCUGAGUCCAACGACACAAAAGAUGCCAAGAUGAAGAUAUCAAAUUAUGAAAUGGGAAAAACAACAGGUGCUGCUCAAACUGAUGAGUCUCUAAGUUCAGUUUCUUGGCGUGUGCAUCACGGUCAACGUCCCGAAAAAAACCCUGGUUUUAACUCGGACUACUCACCUCCAAAAACACAUCCUCCUUCUCAUAAUUAACUAGAUAUUUAGAACUCUAUGUUGUGUUGUUUUUUAUCUAAGACUUGAGGUAUCUAUUUUGUCUUUCAUCGUGUAAACCGGUGUAGAAAUCCCAGUAGCAAGCUAGUAAUGCGAGCAUCAAUAUCCUAGGGCAUGACACGUACUAUAUUACAUAGGCUUAUGAUAUAGCUACGAAGGCUUUGUAUUUUCUAUUCUAUGUAUAUCAUAUAUACUGUUUCUCAGCUCAAUGGACUCUUUUCUUAGCUUGUUGACUA